UGAAGGAAGAAUGGAGUUUCCAGACCAUAGCCGCCAGUUGCUGCAGUGUCUGAGUCAGCAGCGUCACCAGGGCUUCCUGUGUGACUGUACUGUUUUAGUUGGAGAAGCUCAAUUCAGAGCUCACAGAGCCGUUCUUGCCUCUUGCAGUAUGUACUUCCAUCUUUUCUACAGGGACCAGUUAGACAAAAGGGAUAUUGUGCAUCUGAACAGUGACAUUGUCACAGCCCCUGCCUUCAGCCUGCUGCUCGAAUUCAUGUACGAGGGAAAGCUGGAAUUCAACAGUCUCCCAGUUGAAGAUGUACUGGCUGCGGCUAGCUACCUUCACAUGUAUGACAUUGUGAAAGUCUGCAAGGGCAAGUUGAAAGAUAAAGAAUUAUGUUCGGAAGAGAAGAUUAAUGAUGAGGCGGCGAGUUUGGAGAAAGCGGAGCAUUUUCUAGACGCUGGAGUGCCCCUGGUCCACGAGUUUGACCCAGGAAACAAACAAAAAUUCAGCGUUGCAGAAUACGAGAGAGCAGCGGGCAAAGAAAAGGUCAGCAGUCACCCCGCCUGGUCCUCUGAUCAUCUAAGUGUCAGCUCUGUGCCGACAGAGGCAGAACCCAGCGCCGCAGCAGCUGGAAAAACAAAGGCUAAUGUCAAUAGUUCCACAGGACCUUUGUCCCAAAGGUCUGUUAACCAUCCCCUGGCUUCGAGUGAUGUGGACUGCGCGCUGGAUUUGUCUUUCAAGCCCGUGCCGGGGAGAGAUUCCUUACACCCCUCCUAUGUCUUUGGACAGCUGGCUUCCGACAGCCAGCAGCAGGGUACCGAGCCACUUGUUAAAGAUGAACAAGACUUGCUGUCAGAUCAGGAGGAUGGCGAAGCCAGGAGUCCGGAGAGUCAGCAUUUUGGGAAUUCAGCCAAAAGCCUAGUGACAGGGUUAGGACACAUGUUCGCGGGGAAUGGCAGCUCUCAUGCCCGAGAGGAGGAUAUAGAUCACGAGCGAGAUGAGAGCGAGGACGACAUGGAUUCAUCGGACAUCUCCUCCUCAGGCGUCCUGGUGCCUCCUGGGCAUAUCUGCAUUUGCCCCCUCUGCAGCAAGGUGUUCCCCAGCCCCCACAUCCUUCAGCUGCACCUCAGCUCUCACUUCCGCGACAGGGACGGCUCCCGGACCCGCCUGUCCCCCGACGGGUCGGUCCCCACUUGUACCCUCUGCGGAAAGACUUUUUCUUGCAUGUACACGUUAAAGAGGCAUGAGAGGACUCACUCGGGGGAGAAGCCCUACACCUGCGGCCAGUGCGGCAAGAGCUUCCAGUAUUCCCACAACCUCAGCCGCCACGCGGUGGUACACACCAGGGAGAAACCCCACGGGUGCAAGUGGUGCGAGAGACGGUUCACGCAGUCGGGGGAUUUGUACAGACAUAUCCGCAAAUUUCAUUGUGGCCUUGUAAAGUCCUUGGUUGUUUGA